AGAAAGUGAAAAAUAUCAAAAAAAAUGGUUUAUGUUAACGAGGAAAUUGAACAAGCUAAAGAAAAGGUUUUGAAUGAAUUGGGUUAUGCUCCAAUGGCCAUUGUUCUUGGAAGUGGUCUUGGUGAUUUUCCAAAAGUACUUUUAAAUGCUAAAAAGUUAUCCUACUCUCAAAUUCCACACAUGCCACAAACAUCAGUUCAAGGUCACUCUGGAGAAUUGAUUCUUGGUGAAUUGCCAACCAAUGAUAAUCAAAAGAGACUUAUUUACUGUUUUGCUGGAAGAAUUCACUCAUAUGAAGGAGGUCCUUGGGAUGAAGUUACCUUCCAAGUUAAAUUGAUGGCUUCAAUUGGUUGUAAACUUUUUAUCAUGACAAAUGCAAGUGGUGGUCUUUUUGAUGAAAUGAGUGGAGGUUGUUUGUGUUUAUUGACAGGUCAUUUCCGUUUAUUAGCAAGAAUGGAUCCAAACAGUCUUGCACCUGGGGCUAGAGUUUCAAAUGGUCAAUUAUUAGAAACUAGUUUUGAAAAGAAUGAACAAAUUUCACAAAUUGAAGACAAGUACUCACACUUUGCUCCAGAUUAUUGGACUUCCAAGUAUGUUAAUUUGUGUAGAAGUGUUGCCAAGGAGCAAGGUAUUAAAUUAUUCGAAGGUUCUUAUGCUUGGGCUAGUGGUCCUUCAUUUGAAACUCCACUCGAAGUUUUGAUGGCUAAACAAUUGGGAGGUGCUUGUGUUGGUAUGUCAACUGUUCCUGAAAUGCUCACAUGUAAUUAUUAUGGAAUGGAAUGUAUGGGUAUUAGUAUGGUUUGUAAUUUGGGAGCUGGUUUGCAAACUGAACCACUCACUCACAAGGAAGUUUUAGAAAAUUCCAAGAUUGGUACUGAACAUAUGCAAUUGUUGGUUAAGGAAACUCUUUCCAAGAUUGAUUUUGAUGAAGCCACUCCACAAACUACCACCACCACUGAAUAUCUUCCACUCAGAAAGAAUGAAUCCACUCACAAACUCACAGCUGAAUCUAUUGCAAAGGCUGCUGAAAUUAUUAGAGUAACUUUGGGAGAAAUUGACUCGGUUCAAAUGAAUGUCUAUUGUACUCUUCCAGAUGCUCCAAAUGUUAGUGAACUCGAAAAUAAGGUCGACUUGAUGACUCUUCCACAAUUCCCAUACAGUACUGCCUCUGGUAAUUUUGGUUACUUUACCAAGAAUUCCAAGAAUCAACUCACCUUGAUUACCAAUACUCACUCCAGUUUGGACAAUACAUUGACCACUGAAGAAUCUACUUACAUUGCUUUGGUUCUCAACUUACUCAACAUUCCAAACGUUGCCUACUUUGUCAAGUGUUCUGAUUCAAAGGUUGUUCCAGGUGUCACCCAACAAGAAAUUACCAACGUUACCAACUUUGGUUACUAUGAACCAUUAGAAUACGUUGAAACAGUUUACAGAACUUCUGAACGUUUCGUUGAUACUACCAGCAAAGAUACCAAGAAGAAUUCCUACAUGGCCUUUAUGGGUCCUGAUUUACCUUGUGCUAUGGAAUGUCACACUGCUGAAGAAUUGGGUCAUGCUGUUUAUGGUGUUACCUCUCUUGCUUUGCAUAAUUCUUUGAAGUAUUUGGGUUUCAAUGUCAAGACUUUUGUUGAAUUUGUUGGUGCUCCAGAAAAGAAUGCUGUUCAAAUUGAAAAUGUUGCUACUAGAACUGUCAAGCAAGUUGAUAUUGAACAAAACCACAAGCUUCACUAUCAAAUGCUCAAGAUUAGUGAAAUUGAAGAAGCCACUCAGUUUGUAAAGGAACAAUUGGAACUCACUGAUAAGAAUAUUGAAUCUGUUAUUCUCGAUUUGAACUUGAAUUUGCCAUUCACUCAACAUGAAAAUAUCAAGAUUAUCAAGUCUGUUCCAUUCAAGAAUAUUCCACAUCUCCAAACUGAAUUUGGUCAAACUCUCUCAUUGGCCACUAUUGGUGAUAAGCACAUUUUGGUUGUUCACCAUAUUGAUCAAUCUGAUGAAAGCACUUAUUUGCGUAGUAAUUCAUUGAUUGAAUUGUCAUUCAUUAUCAGAGUUUGUCAACAUUUGCACACUGUUAAUAAUAUUUAUCUCAAUAGUGCUGUUGUCAGUGCUCUCAAUUCAAACUUUGAACCAAUUUAUACUCCAAACACAUUAGUUCAAUACCGUGAUCACAUUAACUUUACCGGAUACAAUCCAUUGAUUGGUAAGAAUGAAAACAGAUGGGGUGAUAGAUUCUUUGAUGUUUCAGGAUUGUACAGACCACUCAAGACCUCAACUAAGGUUGAAACUACCAAUGUCAUGUAUGCCAAUCACAUUCUCCAACUUGAUAAUAAGGAAUUACGUUCUACUGUCUCUAAAUUCAACGUUAACGUCUUGAGUUCUGUUGGUGGAUAUGAAGCUCUCGUUGCUCACCACGAUGUCAAGCCAAAGGAAGAAAGAGUCAGAUGUGUUUCAUUGGGAUUGGUUAUUAAUGAAAAUUCUGAAAAGUUAAUUUGUCCAGAAAAGAAGAAGGAAUUAAUCACCACUCUCUGUAAUGAUAUUUUAGGAUUGUAAAUAGAUAUUAUAAAGUAUAUUUAUU